AUGGGCAUGUUCACAAGCUCCGGCCUCAGGACCUCCGUUAAGGAGCUGUGCGCCUAUGAAACACCAUCCGUGGCUGAACUGCAGGACUUCUUGUUGGCUGACAGGCAUCCCACUGGACAUGUCAACCAAGUGUGGCCCGGUGUGUACAUUGGCAAUGAAGUCGCUGCUCGUGACAAACCAAUGCUGCACAGUAUGGGGAUUACCCACAUCGUGAAUGCUGCCAGUGGCCCUCCUCAUGUAAACACUGGGCCUCGCUUUUACAGAGACAUGGAUAUACAUUACUAUGGGGUGGAGGCAGAUGAUUCCUCCGAUUUCAUCAUAAGUACCUUCUUCUACCCAACUGCCAGGUUCAUAUGUGCUGCACUGUCCAGUAAAGGAAAAGUGUUUGUUCAUUGUUUGAUGGGUGUGAGCCGCUCAGCCACACUAGUCCUGGCCUUUCUCAUGAUAUGUGAAGAAUUAACCCUGAUGGAGGCAGCACGGACCGUCCGCCAGCACAGAGACGUUUGCCCCAACCCUGGCUUCCUCAACCAGCUCCGCCACCUUGACCAGCGCCUCGUGCGAGAAAGAAAGAGGAAGCUGGAACCUAACAAACUUUAA